ACUCCGUCUCCAACUUUGGGAGGAAGUUACCACCUCUUCCCCAGACUCUGUGCACACACACACACACGCUCAGGCAGAUACACACACACACACAUGCUCUUCAGGACUUGACCACAGCAGCAACAGGGACUCGGCUGAAACGGGACUGCUUGUAAUGCUGCUUUUGUUUUCAAAAUUUGGAGGGAAAGCUGGCUGAAACCUGAGGCUUUCUGUGCGGACUGAACGGCUUAGGAAGGCAGAUUUCUUGUCACCACAGACCGCCUGAGGACCAAAGAUCACACGGGGCCCUGAUCCAGCGGCGACGGGCAGAAGGAGAGAGGACCGUGAUCGCUCCUGCAUCCAAACUCAAACCUCUCGCUUCACCAUGAACCGGGAGUGAGUGCGUGCUCCGGAAGUUUCAUUUUUGUGGUGCGAGGAAAGCAAAGUCAGGGCCACCAUGGAUGUGAAGAAAAAAGAAAUGGACCUCCUGAGCAACAGCAUAGCCGCAUACGCACACAUCAAAGCAAACCCGGAGAGCUUCGGCCUUUACUUCGUGCUCGGGGUGUGUUUCGGCCUGGUGCUGACGCUCUGCCUCCUGGUCAUCCGCAUCUCCUGCAAGCCGCGCACCAACAUCGCCCCCUCCACGCCCGAGAAAAAGCACCUGAAGGACAUCAGCGAGGAGGACGAGGAGAGCGAGGACGACGACGACAACGAAGACGGGGACGACGUAGAGGCGCCCGUCCUGUUGCCCAGCACGGAAAUCCCUGUCGGCAACCACACCAGCCAGUCGGACGGGACGCUGAGCGUGAACGUGUUCACCUCGGCCGAGGAGCUGGAGCGGGCGCAGCGGCUGGAGGAGAGGGAACGCAUCAUCAGGGAGAUCUGGAGGAACGGCCAGCCCGACAUCCUCGGGUCGGGGACAGGGACUAUUGGAAGAGUGCAUUACUACUAACACACACACACAGACACACAAGAGGUUUGAAGGGGAAACACUGUGAGCUCCGAGGACUGACGUGGACCUUUGGGUGGGCCUGGCGCCCCCGGAGCCUGUGUUUGUAACAUCAUCGAAACAGGACACUGAAAAUGCCAAAUAAGUGGCUCUGACUGAACUUUGAUAUUGCACUUCCUAUGUAGCAAUGAUAAUUUUUCGACUGACUACAUGAAAUUAAACCAAAUGGUGUCUUAAGGACUGAUGUGGGAGCUGAUGGACACUUGAAGUAAUCAUUGUUCUUUUGUUUGUUUGUUUCUUUUGUAAUAUAUGGCGCUUAUGACAAAAAUGCACACAACUUAUGUAUGAAAUAAGUGAAAGAUGAACGCAUAUGUAAGGACCACGUAUGUACUGUAGGUCGCGAUUGCCUAUUUGCAACGAGGACGUUUAUCCUCUGGGGAAAAACAGGAAAUGAUUACACAGUAUAAAGUCAAUAAAAUAAAUUGUAGUCUUUAAUUUAUGAGUACAUUAAAUUGGUGUCUGUGUUUUCAGGGAUAAUUCCACCAAAAAGGAAAUGACAGAAUUAAAGAAUUACAGUGAAAAUCCAUCUACUGUUGUUUUGUCUUCAUCAUACUCUGCUGAGCCUUUGGCUCAAGAUUUAUAAUCUAGAUUAAAACAGAGAAACUCAUUUUGCUAAUGAGAUGACUGGAAAGGUCACUCUUUGUCACUUGUUAUUUCUGCACAAUGUCUCAAUGAGGUUAGAACUUGUCAAAUAAAAUGUCUGGCAAACAAAAGGGCCCUGGCAGAGUCGGACAUUAGUGCUGUGAAGGGAAGAUGUUCAGAUAACAAACAGUAUGUAUUAAUUUCCUGUAGCCUUUACAGAGAGACAAAAACUUGCAAACGGAGCCAAGUCUGUAAGCUAGUUCAGGUGGACAGCCCGGCCGGUACCGACGGUGAUGCAAAUCAAGCGCACCCUCUGUCUAACGGCAAUCAACUCCACACCUGUUGACUCGUUAGCUUCUCCAGCCGUCUCCUCUGUCUUAUACAAAGUGGUCUAACCUCGUUCAAUUGGACUGGAAAUGCGCAUUUUCUCCUCCGUCAUCCCUCCACACGAACCACCUCAAGCCGAGUUUCAGAAGCACCCCGAUCCCUGAUGAGCUCCAGAUGUCGUCCAGAUGUGCUCUCCAGUGGGCAACGCUAGUAGGGCUUAGACAGGAGCAGACCACCACGACUACCACCACCACCGCUGCCACCAU